UAAUAAAUCUGCUAAAGUCCUUCCAAAACAUCGUGGAUAAAACAGGAUUACAAAAACAUGACUGGACGUCUACGAAUGACGUCAUUAAGACGCGUCCGUUUAGACGUUGAAUGGCUUCGGCGGCUCCGUUUAAAAAAAUUCCUCUGCGUGACUCUAAAUUCGACUUCCCCGGCAGUCCAUACUCGGUGUCGGUCCUGAAGGUGGGCUACUACCACCCGCAGCCCGACGGCACGUUUCGAGCCGAUGGAACCGUCACGCUAAUCACAGGAGCCGGCAAAAACAUCCUGGUGGACACCGGCGGGCCUUGGGACCGCGACUUUCUGCUGGAGAGCCUCCAAAAAAAAGGACUGAAACCCGGGGACAUCCACGUGGUGGUGGGGACUCACGGCCAUUCGGACCAUGUGGGGAACCUCAAUCUUUUCCCGUCCGCUGUCAUCAUUGUGGGACAUGACGUCAACCGAUUGGACGUGUAUUUGCCCAAUCAACUGGGGAAAGGGGACGCGUACGUCGUGGACGAGCAUGUGUGCGUGGUCCCCACCCCGGGACACUCCGGACAAGAUGUGAGCGUCCAGGUAAAGGGGACGUCAGUGGGGACAAUUCUGGUAGCGGGCGACCUCUUUGACUGCUGCGCCGACGACGACACCUGGCGGGAGUUGAGCCUAAAGCCCGAUUUGCAGGAAACGAGUCGUCAAAAGGCAUUGGAGACGGCGGACAUAAUCAUACCGGGCCAUGGGCCACCCUUUCGGGUUCUGAACCACAACUCAACCAAUUGACAGAAGAACCAGUAGGGAGCACCUAAAUUCCUAAAGGGACAACGACAGAAAUGAAAUAAUGCACACUAAAAACAGUCUGGCGCGCACCAGACAGUAUGUCGAGCGCACCAGACUGUUUCUAGUGCGCAUCAGAAAUAGUCUGGUGCGCACCAAAC